AUGGGUCUCGCCAAUAUGAUGGACCGCUUGAAGCCCCAGACCGCGUCGCAGGCGAAUUCCGAGGCACCUACUCCUGCCAGAACCGACUCGACUAUUGAAAAAGACAACAUCACGAUCGACGAUACUCCUGUGCAGUAUCUGACAUGGCGGUCUUUCAUCCUUGGUAUUGUCGUCUCCAUGGGUGGCUUUAUCUUCGGUUACUCGACCGGUCAAAUCGCCGGUUUCACUACUAUGGACGAUUUCAAGUCGCGGUUUGCUGAGCGUCAGUUAAAUGGGACGUACAAAUUCAGCAAUGUUCGGAAUGGUCUGAUUGUCGGUUUGCUGUGUAUUGGUACCAUGAUUGGUGCUCUCGUGGCCGCCCCUAUUGCCGAUCGGAUGGGCCGCAAGUUUUCUAUCACGCUCUGGUCCUUGAUUCACAUUGUUGGCAUCAUCGUUCAGAUCGCAACCGACGACAAAUGGUAUCAGGUGGCUCUAGGUCGUUGGGUGGCUGGUUUAGGAGUUGGAGCACUUUCCAGCAUAGUCCCCAUGUACCAGAGUGAAUCGUCUCCUCGCCAGGUCCGUGGUGCCAUGGUCAGCGCCUUCCAGCUGUUCGUAGCCUUCGGCAUCUUCAUCUCCUACCUCAUUAACUUCGGGACCGAGUCUAUCAAAUCCACCGCCUCCUGGCGCAUCACCAUGGGUAUCGGCUUUGCUUGGCCCUUGAUCCUGGCUGUCGGAUCCCUUUUCCUCCCCGAGUCCCCCCGAUACGCCUAUCGCAACGGUCGCAUCGACGAAGCCCGCGGCGUCAUGUGCAAGCUCUACGGCGUGGGUCCUAACCACCGCUGCAUUGUCCAGGAGAUGAAGGAAAUGAAGGAGAAGCACGAGGAGGAGAUAAAUGCUGGAAAGGCAGCGUGGCACGAAAUCUUCACAGGUCCCCGUAUGUUCUACCGCACCAUGCUGGGCAUUGCGUUGCAGUCGUUGCAGCAGCUCACGGGUGCCAACUUUAUCUUCUACUACGGCAACAGCAUCUUUACCUCCACCGGUUUGAACAACAGCUACGUCACUCAGAUCAUUCUGGGUGCCGUUAACUUCGGCAUGACGCUUCCCGGUCUGUACGUGGUCGAGCACUUCGGCCGUCGUAAGAGUCUGAUGGUCGGUGGCGGGUGGAUGUUCAUCUGCUUUAUGAUCUGGGCUUCCGUCGGCCAUUUCGCCCUCGACUUAGACGACCCUUCCAACACUCCCAAGGCCGGAUCAGCUAUGAUUGUCUUCACCUGCUUCUUUAUCGUCGGCUUCGCGACCACCUGGGGGCCAGUGACAUGGAGUCUGUGCGCAGAAAUCUAUCCCAUUCGGCAUCGCGCGGUUUGCAUCGGAAUUGCAACCGCAGCCAAUUGGACCUGGAACUUCCUGAUUUCCUUUUUCACUCCGUUUAUCUCGAGUUCCAUUGACUUUGCAUAUGGCUACGUGUUUGCCUCAUGCUGUUUUAUAGCUGUUUUCGUCGUGUACUUCUUUGUUUUGGAGACCAAGGGUCGUACGCUGGAGGAGGUCGACACUAUGUACGUCCUCCAGGUUACUCCCUGGAAGAGCAGCACCUGGGUCCCUCCCGAGGGUGUGGUUCAAGAUAUGCAUAGGACUUCUGAUAAUGAGAAGCGCGAUAGUCGGGUGGAGCAUAAAGACGAGCCCACGGAGAUCGUGGAAUAG